GCCCUGGGCCGGCCGAGCCCUCCCGGCUGCUCCUCCCCGCGGGGACCGGGAGCGCCCGUGGCCGAGAGAGACCCGAGCGGGGCGGCCUGGGCGCUCGUCAGCGCGGCUGCUGGCGGGGGGGGCCGGGGCAGCUGCGGGACAUGGCGCUCUAGGAGGCGCCUCGGCCCCGGCCGUUCCCCUCCAGCAUCCUCGGCGGUGGCUCCGCUCCAGCAGCCAGCACACGGGACUGAAAUGACCUUGAAAGCCGGGAACAAGGGCAUCCCGCCGCAUCCCGCCGGAGGCAGCUUGGCCACAAGUGCCUCCCUCCAGCCCUGAUCCUCGGGGGUUUUCUCAGGAGGCGAAAUCCCUGGCUUGCUCGCUCCUGCCUCCACCACACGCUUCUCGCUCGCUGGCGUCAGCAGCAGGGAAGGGAUCCAGCGAAAAUCAAACACCGCCAGAGCGGCUCGCACCGGACCAUUUCCAGGCCAGAUCCCAGCGCUGUCGCUUAACUGAUGCAUGAAAAAGCGGCUCCCCUGAAGAGCUCCGAGCCCAUGCACAGCCGUGAGAAGCUGGAGGCAUCUCACAAGGAGAAGAGUUUGGAUUCCCUCGACGGCAGCCUCCACCUGAAUGAAGCGCUGAAGGAUGAAGACAUCAAGAAAUGCCACCGGGAAGUGGCUGCUAGCAAGUACAACUCCCAGUACCACAAGCUGUUCAAGGACAUCCCGACGGAGGAAAGCGUGCUGAAAGUUUGCUCCUGUGCCCUCCAGAGAGACAUCCUUAUCCAGGGAAGGCUUUACAUCUCCCCUAACUGGCUCUGCUUCUACGCAAACCUUUUCGGGAAGGACAUCAAGGUUGUGAUCCCAGUGAUCUCAGUGCAGCUGAUAAAAAAGCACAAGACGGCUCGGCUGCUGCCCAAUGGCUUGGCCAUCACCACCAACGCCAGCAGAAAGUACAUAUUUGUGUCCCUCAUCUCCCGCGACAGUGUCUACGAUGUUCUGAGGAGAGUCUGCACGCACCUGCAGGUUUCCAGUAAGAAGAGCUUGAGUUUGAAGGAGCUGACAGAGGAGCCUGAUGCCGUGUCGCUGGUGAGGGUCAGGGCAGCUCUGGGAGAGGGAAGGACCCCCACCAACUCACCCUGUGGGCAGGAGAGCGGCCGCCCGGCCCCCUCGGAGGUUAUUGUCCCCGAGGGCAAGUGGAGGAAGGUGUCACCUGCGUCGCUGUCACUGUCACUGCCAGACACCAACUACCAGUGCAUCCACCGGACCUCUGUCAGCAGCCUGAGUGCCAAGGAGAGCUCCUUCACCUCCGAGGAGCCCCUGGUUUCAGAAAGUGCAAUAAACACCGAGGAGGAGCUGGAGGUGGAGCAGAGCUGUGUGGCAGAGCUGAGACCUUCUGACUACCAGCUCCUGAAGAUCUUCAUCGUGCUCAUCUGCCUCCUGGUCGUGUCUUCCUCAUACCUGGCGUUUCGCAUCUUCCGUCUGGAACAGCAGCUGUGCUCUCUGAACCGGGACUACCUCUCCCGCGGGCACAGGAGGUGACCGUUACCCCGGUGUGGCUGAGGACAGAUGCUGAGACGGUGUGUACGGAUCCCAGUGCUGCGUCCUCCCAGCUGUGGCUGUUUCCUUUGGCCAGGAAAAUGGGACCAAGUAGCUUCUCUCUUCCUACUGGCACCCGCUCCUGUGGGACUGCCUGGCUGGCUUACGGCCACUGGUGCCAACUCCCCAUCCCACUGGAAACCUGUUUUCUCCCCGGGACGCUGCUGUUCCAUAGCACCGGACGAUGGCUCAGGGCUGCCGAGUGGUUGGACCUCCCCUUAGGACUUGCUGCUAAAGUGGGCGCUGCUUUUUAUUCCAGACGUGUUUUUCAUGUUAAAGAUGACAUUAGGCUCACUGGGAACCCCAGAAAAUGUGGAUGAGUUGCUGCGGCUCUGGGCUGAACUUGCCUGUUCAUCCCCAUCGUGGUGCCCCUGGACUGCAGCCAGAGACAUGGCUCCAAUCCCAGAGGUUUGUGGGGACACGGAGUGUGAGAAAGGGGCCACCAGCCCUGUGGGGCGCCAUCUGUUCAGCACUUAAGGGCAGGGGUACAAUCCUGGGCUCCAUAUGGGACCCCAGCUCUUCUUUCCUGGAGCUCCAGAGCAUCUUGGGGUGCGUGUGUGUGCGUGCGUGUGUUUUUCCCUGCAAAGCACUUUAGGGUCCCUCAGACCAGGCGUCCUUGCUGGGGACUGCCCCUGGAAUGGUGCUGGACCAGGGCUUUGUUAGCCCCACUAAGACGUCCCGAACGGAGCCUGUGGCUGGCACCGGUGAACGUUGCAGAUCACCAAGUGUCUGUGCCCUGGUUUGUGUUAACCUUGUCACCGUGCAGAGCUGAGUGCCACAGGAUUUGUCCGCAGGGUUUGUCUGGCAGCCUCCCCUGGGAGUGCACUGGGGCUGCAGGGCAAACCCGUGGGAUUUAUUUUGGUGUUCUUUCCUAUUUUUUGGGAACUACAAGUGCUGAUUGGGCCAAAUCCCCACACCCUGGGGCAGAGCUCGCUGCUCGCUCCAGGCUCAGAACGGCUUUUAAAUGAAAAUAAAUCCAGAAUUUUCUAGCAUGCCCUUGUCUGCUGCCAGUCUCCUUGCUGGGCUGUGAGAUCCAGGAUGGGGUACCCCAGGAUAUGGGCUGUCCCGGUACCCCUUUUCUGGCCAUGUCCUCAGGAUAUGGAUUACAUGGGGACAGCCCUGUGUUCGUAUGGGUUUGGGGACAGGUGGCACUGACCCAUCCCUUUGAACUGGCACUGGUGGACAUGGGAGUAUGUGGUCCCCUAUGUCACACCCCUUGGGGAUGGAGGGAAGUUGCAUAGUCUGAUGCUGGCGAGUGUGCAGCAUCGUUUCAGCAGCCCAGGGAGCCCCCCGUGUCCGUCGGCCCGUGCUGGAGGA